GACGCGCGGAAAAUGGCGGAGCUGGAGCUGGGGCAGCACUGCGGGGUGGCAGAUUGCCGCCAGCUCGAUUUUCUCCCCUUUGUAUGUGAUGGCUGUUCAGGUGUCUUUUGUCUUCAGCACAGGAGCCGGGAUGCUCAUGGGUGUUCUGAGGUGAAUAUAAGAAACAAUUCUGUGAAACCAGAUCAGCACAGAUCUUACCAAUGCUCAUACAAGGACUGCAACAGAAAGGAGCUUUUGCCAGUUUUGUGUCCCUACUGUGAAAAACAUUUUUGUCUGAGACACCGACAUCAAUCAGACCAUGAAUGUGAGAAACUGGACACACCAAAACCUCGAAUGGCUGCCACCCAGCAGCUAGUUAAACAUAUUAUAGAUUCUAAAAAAAAUGAGGAAGCAAAAAGCAAAAACCGUAAAGGAGCGAAAAACAGUGAGACAGCAGCAAAAGUGGCAUUAAUGAAACUGAAAAUGCACGCAUGUGGGGACAAGUCCUUGCCUCAGGCAGAAAGAAUUUACUUUCAUGUGUUUUUACCAAAGGGGAACAAAGAGAAAAGCAAGCCCAUGUUCUUUUGUAGUAAGUGGAGUAUUGGCAAAGUAGUAGACUUUGCAGCUUCCUUAGCAAGCCUUAAAAAUGACAACAACAAAUCAACAUCCCAGAAAUUGAGAUUAUGCCAUACUGCCUCUGGAGAAGCCUUGCCAUUUGAGCACACGUUGGAAACAUGGCUAUCUGAUAAAGACUACCCAUUGUACAAUGGUGGAAAUAUAAUUUUGGAGUAUCUUGAUAAUGACGUUCUAUUUAUAGAAGAUACAGAGUCAUAUUUUAGUUAAUCAGUAAAUUAUCACAAACAAAAAAAAUGAAAGAUUUGUUUAGAAGUGUGGUAUUCAAACCAAGUCCAGUUUUCUUUAAAAAUCACUGGUAUGCCAGAAUCUGUCCUCAGUUGUAAAGACACAGUACCCAUCAAUUUCUCAACUGCUUGACUGACAGAAGAACUAUGUCCUGAAAGGAAAAUUAGUUAUUAUAAUAACUAAUACUACAGAUACUCACUUUCUAGAAUAAAUUCUUGCUUUAUUUAGCUGUAUA